GCCCGGCGCGGAAGCGGGCGGGAUGUACGAUGCGCUACCUCGUGCUCUUCCAGUACCGCGGGACGCGCUAUAGUGGUGUUGUACAGACGGUGGCAGAUCAGCGACUGCUCGGGGUCCAGAAUUAUUUGGAGCAGGCAGCCCAGAGUCUCAAACCUCUCGUUCCCAUCAAGUUCUGCAUCUCCAGCCGGACGGAUGCUGGAGUCCACGCCUUGUGCAACUCGGCACACGUUGACAUCCAGAGGAAGGCUGGGAAGCCGCCUUUUCCUGGGAGUGUUCUUGUCUCCUCUCUCAAUCGCUGCCUGAAAUCUGAAGAGAUCCGAAUACUGAGUGCCUGUCAGGUGCCCGAUGACUUCCACGCACGCUUCUCUGCCUUGUCAAGAACCUAUAUUUAUCGGCUAGUGAUGGGCUGCUCUUACAACUUCCAAAUACCCGUGUUUGAGAGAGAUCUGUGUUGGGCUCCCAGAGGAGACCACUUGAAUGUGCCAGCCAUGCAGGAAGCUGUGCAGUUCCUGCUGGGCACCCACGAUUUCAGCACUUUCCGCUCCAUCUGUGCCGACACGCCUUACAAGUCCCCAAUUAAAACCCUCAUUCACGCAGACAUCAGACCCUUUUCCAGCUUCCUGUCGUACCACUACAUACACAGGCAGUUGCAGUUUUGGGAGCUGGAAUUCAGGAGCCAGUCCUUCCUUUACAAGCAGGUGCGAAGGAUGGUCGGGGCGCUGGUAGCAGUUGGCAUAGGGAAGCUGAAGCCUUAUCACAUAAAGGAGCUGCUGGAAGUGAGAGACUCGCUGGCCUACCCUCAAAACACCAUUGCCCCGGCUGCCGGGCUCUUCCUGAAAUCCGUGGAGUAUGAUGAUGCCGACUUGCAGGCAGCCAGCGCGGCGGGAGAAUAGCAUCUCUGUGCUGAGACGCCGCUGCGCGGGGAAUGGCCCUGGCACCGGGAGAUGUGCAGAGGAGGCUUCUAGGACUCUUUGUACCAUGAUCUGUGCCUGGGUCUCAAUAAACCCCUUUGACUGUGACUAGAGGCAUCUUCCCAUCUUUUGUCCU